AUGGCCUCUCGCAGCGCGGGCACCCUACUGACCGAAUUCAAUGCCGCCUACGUGCCCCCCGCCCUCAUGCCCGGGUACCAAGGCCAUGUUCCCGGUGUGGCCUUUGCCUUUGGCUCCCCAUAUGGCAGCGCUACCCUCAAGUACUUCCAGGACCACCGCAACGCAGCGCUGGAGAAGAGCCACACUCCCUUCAGCAAGGGCGGCCACUUCCCGACCAUCUUCUCCCCAAACCCCGACCUCGUGCUUAGUAACCGCUCCCAAACCUGGGACUGCUGGCUGCACACCCCCAUCUAUACCCGCUUCAACCUGGGCAAUGACCGCUCCGCUGAACUCACCCGCUUCUACCAGAUGGCACAGCAUCAUCGCAAGUACUAUCAAGACAAGACCGGCCUGGUGCACCGGGUCCCCUAUUUCGUGCUGCCUGUGAAGGAGUGGGAACGGUACCCCAUCCCCACCGACCUGCCUCCCCUGACCCCGAAGAGUAAGUGGCACCUUUUAAGACUAUGCCCUGAGAACAUGAAGACCUACCAGACGUUCCCAUCGGGAAAGAGGGUCUCCCCACAGGAGCGGCAGAAGAGAGAUUCCUACUUUGAAUUCAGAGCAUGA